AUGAAAGCGCAGUAUGCGGAGAAGAUGUCGGGGCUAGAGAAGGAGGCGGAGGAGCUUCGAGAGGCAAAAAGGGGGCUGGAGGAUCGCCUUCAGGAACUUGAGAAAGGCAGUGCUGGCGGUGGUUCCCAGGACGGGUCGACAGCUGGGUCAGACUCUCCAGCUGCUGUUGUUGAUGGGGAGAGGAUUUCACAGCUGGGAAUGAUGCUGGAGAGGGAGAAGGAGGAUAAGAUGCGGGCUGUGCAGAAGCUUCAGGAGCUCAACAUGGCAAGGAUGAAGCUGCAGGAAGAGCACGAGAAGCUGAAAGAGCAGCUCGAGGAGCUGAAGGUGAAGAGUUCGGAGGCAGAUCCGACGGUAGCCAAGGGAUCCUCAUCACAGAACGAAAAGACAAGUGGAAAGCACCGCCUGCAAAUGGAGAAGGACGCUGCGGACUCGGCGUCUCGCAUUGAGAUCGAGCAGGUCAAGGAGAAGUCGAAAGAUUUUCUUAAGAAGGCUGUUGACUCCAAGAAAGUGCUAGAGAACAAGAUCAAGGAGAUGAAAGACAAGCAGCUUGCCUCAGAUGCGUUGGUCACUGAACUGCAGAACACCAUCCAAGGCCUUCAGAUCCGUCUGGGGAUCUUGAAUCCCUCCGGAGACCCAUUGCUCAGGCCUCUCGAUGAAGAGCUCAGUCCGGACGUCGGUCGUGCUGAAACAGCGCGCGCAAAGUUUCAGAGCAGCUUGCAAGGAGGCGGGGAGAAGGAUGGGGCCCUGGAGGGAGUUGAAGAGAGGUCCUCGGAGCUGGUAAGGCUGACAGCUCGACUGGAUGCCAGGACGAACGAGCUGGAUAGAAUGAAAAGUGACAUGGAGGUGAUGCGGAAAGGGAAUGAGGAACUUCAACGAGAGAACAAGAGGCUUUCAGAUCAGAUCCAAAACCAGCAAGAACUGCACUCGGCUGAGGUCCAAGAACUUCAGAGACAGGUUGAGGUGCUUCGAACAGCCAAAUCCCACGCUGAGAGUGCGAUGAGAAAGAGCAUGGAGGGCGAAAUCUUCGACCUGAGAGACAAAGUUUCAAACCUGCAGGACGCGCUCAACAAAGCUCAGCAUGUGGAGCACAUGUUGAGGGAGGAGGAGCGGCUGCUGCGCAAGCAGAUCGAGUCGUUACACCUGCAACUGAACGAGUUCGACUAUCGGAGGGGAGACGCUGCGAUGGACAGCAAUGACUAUCGCUUCUCCAACAGGUUCGGGGCGCAGGAGGGGAUGCAAGUCAUCGUAGCUCAAGCAGAAGGUCCCGCGUUGGAGAGGGAGGAGGAGGACCGGGCAAGAGCGAGCAAGCAAGAGGAUGGGGAGGGGGAGGUGAGGAGGACCGAGGUCUCCGACCCCAAGGAGGGGCAGGCUGUUCAGACGCCUGGAAGUCUAAUCAUGGAGGAAUCGAUCUUUACACUGAAGAGCCCAGCGACCAAACGGGCGUCCUCGUCAGACUCGGGCAAGGAGAACUUGGGUGAGGCUGCGGGAGACGGGAAGGACCAGGAGGUCACGUCGGUGUUCUCGGGGCACGUGGAGAAGUGGGACAACGAGGCUGACAAGCUGAGGUCUAUCUUGAGCGAGAGCGGGGAAGAUACGAACAAUGCAGUUCCGGACUUGAAGAGCGCCGUCCAGCAGGCAGUGCAGCAGGCACUGGCGGAAGCUGAGGAGAGGAUGGAGGACGAGAGGAGGCAAGAGAAAAACGUUGCUGCUCUGACUCUCUGA